AUGGUCAAGAAGGCGCUUCCUACAAAAGCCGAGCUCGUCGACUACGGUCACACCGUUGCUGGACAUGCAGGAACCAUGUGCGACGAGUCCGGCGAGCUCUUCAUCAAGCCUUGCACGACCGCAGAGGUCGACUUCUACAACUCCGCCAACGAAGCACACCCAGAAUUCGCCGAGCUGAUGCCCUUGUACAUGGGCACCCUCCAGCUCAACGACAGCGCAGAGCUCAGCUCCAUUGAAGACGGUGCCCCUGGUCCCGUCGCGACACAAGCCGCCAAAGAGGAACUGACACAGGCUGUCACCGGUGAGGCUCCCGCCGAGCAGGACAAGGACAAGUGGGUGCAGAACAAGUCAAAGAAGAUCAAGACGGACCAGGCUAUCGUGCUCGAGAACUCGGGAGCUGGCUUCACCUCCCCCAACAUCCUCGACGUCAAGCUCGGUGUGCGCCUGUGGGCCGACGAUGCCCCUGCCGAGAAGAAGAAGCGCUUCGACGACAUCACCUCCAAGACCACCCACGGCCCCCUGGGCUUCAGAAUCGCCGGCAUGAAGGUCUACCGCGGGUCCUCCAUGAAGUCCGAGCUGGAUGCCGAGGACUACAAGAUUUAUGACAAGGACUACGGCCGCAUCCACGUCAACGCCGAUAACAUCGUCGAGAACUUCCGCAAGUUCAUCUUCAACAAGACCGCCGGUAUCGACGACGACCUUGGCAACGCCGUCGCUCAGGUCUUCUUGCGCGACCUGCGCAACGUUGAGCGCGUCCUCGCCGCCGAAGAGAGUCGCAUGUACUCUGCCAGUCUGCUGUUCGUCUUUGAGGGUGACGGCGACAAGUUGAAGGAAGCCAUCGCGCAGAACAACGCGGCUGCCGAUAGCUACGAGGCCGCGCAGGGCAAGAAGCCCAGUGGAAAUGCGGCCAGAGUGGAUAGUGGUAUUGAGCUGAUCGAGGGAGACGCGAACCUCGAUGCCGAAGACGAUGACGACGAGGACGACGGCCCUGCCCUGCCCAAGAUCUACUCGCUGAAGCUCAUCGACUUUGCCCAUGCGCAGUGGGUGCCCGGCCAGGGCCCUGACGAGAACGUGCUCAAGGGCGUGCGAAGCCUGAUUGACAUUUUCGAGAAGCUGGUGCAAUAA